CAUUUGAAUUAGUAUCAACCCAAGGAAGAACGCUUACUGUACCACAAAUACAAAGAAGUCUGACAGGAACUUAUCGUUGACAUGUGGAUAAUUAUUUCACUCAAAUAAAAAUGACAGCAGAGGUAUCAAUCAUUGUACAGUUAUUCGAGUGUCCAACAAAAGGGUGUAAAGCUGUCACAUCAGGCAUGUUUGAUGUAGGAAUAGCAACAUUAGUUGUUGGGUUGGGAGCUCUACUUUCAGCAAUAACAUUCUUCAUUGUUAAACGUGCAAAAACAAAGAAUGUAAGACCAAAUGAGACCGAUGGAUAUAAUGAGGUUCAGAGAAGUAAUCCGGUAUUCACAGAUUCAUAUUCUACGUUGCAGUCUAACCCUGAAUCAAGACCUACACAAGACCCCAGUUCUGAUAUAUAUGAAGAAUGCGGUAUAGCACCUGAUAUGAGUACAUACGAAAACUGUGAAGACAGGUCAUGAAAAGAAGAACCAGAGGAUGUUUGCCGUAAAGAUUUAGUAGUUUGCUAGAAUUUUUAUUUCAAUUUUUAUGUAUCUUUUUGUUCAUGCUACUAUCUUGUCAAUUUUCAAUGUAAAUAAUAUAUUUUUUGUGUUUUGUGAUAUAUUUUAGUGUAUUGAUUUUCCUUAUAAAAAUACAUAUUUUCGACUGGUGCAGCUAAUAUUAUUCUUAAAAAAAUAAUAAAUAAAACAUACUGAAAUCAAAUUGACGUAGUCUUAAGCUUUGACCUACAAUCUUAAGAGAGACCAGACACAAUAUUCCAUGCACAUGUUUG